CCGUAUAGAUAUCUAUACACAACUUUGCAAAUUUUUAGCGACAAGAAAACUUUUAGCAUUGACCUUAAUCCCGGGCGUAUGGGUUUCUUUACCAUUUGUUAGCCACCUGGCGAGAAAUUUUGGCACUAGUACUUCGCAAACGUCCGCAAUUUUCCUUUUUGUGAACUAUGGCGACCGGCGGAAGAAGUACAGGAUGUUCUGGGAGUCCUUCCUGUUCCACACGUCCUGCAACUGCCCGCCGGAGGCCUCCCGCAAUAACUGAUGAACAGCUGCGUGAGAUCCUGAACAACCUUGACAUCUCUGAUAUUGAGCUCUCGGAAGAUGAAGAUGACUUGGCCGGAACUGCACCGAUGAACGUCUCUGGCGAAAACGAAGACAGCCCAUCCUCAAACGACGAGCUGUCAGCAACCGAUGAAGAGACGUCCGAUCCACCUGCCAGCAGAAGAGUGUUCUGGAGACUCAAUGCCGAUUUUGGAGAGCCGGCACAGCGUCUCUUGGAGAUGGGAGUAAGCACGGGAAGAGUUGAGCUGCAGAAAGUGCUUCCGCUUGAGAUGUUUCUUCGAUACGUAUCUGGUGAUCUGCUUGCCGUCAUAGCAACAUGUACUAACCAGCGCCUAGCAGAGCAGGGAAAGACUCCUAAUGUCACACCAGGAGACAUCUUCAAGUUCUUUGGCAUCUGUUUUUACACGUCAGUCAUCAAGUUCCCAUGGCUUCGGAUGUACUGGAGCGAGAAGUAUCGUCUUCCAGUGGUUGCCGAUCAAAUGAGCAGAAACAAGUUCUUCAACAUCAGGGCCAAUCUAAAGGUGGUCGAUGAUAAUCGCGUUAGCGAGGACCACAAACAGAAUGAUCGUCUGUGGAAAAUCCGACCACUGCUGGACGCCAUUCGGCAGCGCUGUCUUCAGCUGGAUCGUCCUGAAGCCGUGGCAGUGGACGAGCAGAUGAUCCCGUUCACCGGUACAACCAGCCUGAAACACUACGUUCCCAACAAGCCGAAUCCUGUUGGACUGAAGAAUUGGGUACUGGCGGGUGACAAUGGCCUAAUGCUCGACUUCGAGAUCGAUCAGGGGAAGUCGAAGCUGAUCGGCAUGCUCACUGAUGCCAGACCUGGGGUAGGCCUUGGAGAAGCUGUGGUGCUUCGGCUGUCGGAGACUCUUCCGGUAGAAAGCAAGGUUUACUUCGAUCGGUUCUUCACAUCACUUCCGCUGCUUGAUGCUCUAAGCGACAGGAACCUCAAAGCAACUGGCACUAUCAUGAAAAACAGAAUCCCAAAGCCGGUAAAGAUUCCGACUCAGAAGGACCUGGGAACUCGCGGCACGUCUCAGUGCUCUGUCCGCCAAGACCCAGCAAAAGGACCUCUGGGAAUAACCACAUGGCUGGACAACAAACCCGUGAUCCUUGCAUCCAACCACGAAGGAAUCCACCCGGAGGACGAGUGUAGGAGAUGGAGCAAACGAGAUCGGAAGUUCAUCGCAGUCAGUCGGCCUGCAGUCGUGCGGUUGUACAAUAGGAGCAUGGGAGGGGUAGACCUGCUGGACCGGAUGGUGUCCUACUAUCGGACGUCAGCUCGGACGAAGAAGUGGACGGUGCGCGUGAUACUCCACAUGCUCGAUGUGACAGCCACCAACUGCUGGAUCGAGUACAAGAAUGAGCUGGAAAGAACUGGUCAUGGCGAGCGUAAGGACAUGCUGCAGAUGAUGGACUUCAAGCUGAGACUGGCAGAACAGCUGAUUGAAGAGGGAUCGAGACUAGAUCGUGACAUGGACAGGACGAUGCCAGAAGACGCUGACAACACAGCCGCUCUCCAUGAAGCUGACAACCAGUCGUGCUCUCGUGUUCCUGUUCCUUCCGUAAAAAGGCGGCACGAGGAGGCCAGGCACAUGCCUGAGAUGGAUUCAGGGAAGGCCUCUUACCACAGGUGCCGACUGCCAGGAUGUUCAAAACUGGCCAGAGUAAAAUGUUCGUCAUGUCGUGUUUACUUGUGUCUGACGUCUGACAGGAACUGCUUCAUGAAGUUCCACCGGUAGCAAUGGAAGGGAGAUGACGUUUCUGGAGGAUUUGACGUGCGAAUCCAGACGAAAUAGUACCUACUGGUAUCUUCUUGAUAAGCAUUGCAGUAAAAGCACUGCAACUGAUUGUUAGCUGUGAGAGCAUUUUAAGUUCGCCUGCUAGUGAUGAAAGAUACUCACCUGUUCUGUGGCAAUAAACGUGGUUGGCAGUCACCAAUAUAUUUGUGAAAGUAGGUAAAUCGAACGGCUCAAA